AUGGAGUAUGGUAUCUAUGUUCAACAUACUUCUGAAGGUAAUAUGAUUAUGGCGUGUUUGUAUGUUAAUGACAUAUUGCUAAUAGAAAGUUAUGAGCAUGAGAUAACUAAGUUCAAGAAAGAGUUGAUGAAUGAGUUUCAGAUGACUGAUCUAAGAAAUAUGGUUUAUUUUCUAUGGAUGAAAUUGGAUUCUGAUUCUGAUGGCGAUGAUGUAGAUGCGACAACGUUCAAGCAGUUGGUAGGGUCUCAGAGGUAUUUGUGUAAUACCAAACCUGAUAUUUGUUAUGCAGUUGGAAUAGUGAGUAGGUUUAUGAGUAAAUCGAGGUGGUCUCAUUACCAAGUUGAUGUCAGAAUUAUAAGGUAUAUAAAGGGAAAUCUAAAGGAUGGAAUUUUGUUCCAUUCUGGUGCUGAAACUGACUCAGAACCUCUGAGUUACUAA